CCUAGUCCUCACAUUCUCCACCAUCCAUCACUUUACUCCUACUGUACAAACUGGUCGCACCCACUCACCCACCGCCACAGUCAUUUUACCCACACCUUGGACAAUCUGGUCUGCCUCACGACCCUCACGACAAGUGCUCGACAUUUGUCUCUUCACCACCUGACUCACUCUCUGCGCACCCUCGUACCGUUGCCGUCGACACCUUGUCGACUCAAACGUCCCCUUGGACCUGCUUUUUCGUUCUCAGCUCAACCCUGUUGAACGGGGACCUCUGCCCUCAAGGUAGCCGCUUCAGUCCGCGCUUCCAACAAUCCUACCAGUCAUCGACAUUCAACGACAGCUUCGUCCUCAUACCGCAUCCUCCCUCCAAUCAUCGCUCCUUAAUCGAUCCUACGUCUACCUUGAUCGCCACUGCCUGUCCCUCCCAAAGCAUGGCUUAGAUUCCUAUUGCACCUGAAACCGAACACCUUGUCAUUCAUCUCCACCAGUCGAUCAAGAUGGCCUCGACACAAGAUGAAGACAUGUAUUUAUUCCAGGCCGGGCUGGAUCAGACACCCUCAUUCGCUGGCCAGGAUUUUGAUAACUUUUUGACCUCUCCUGUUCCAGACAAUGACCUUGUCCCCUCGAAUCCUGCAUUCCUCAAUCCCAACGAUCUGUCUAUCAAGCAUGAGAACGAUGACACCAAAUCCUUUCCUUCAGGUUCAUCAUUCCCUCGCUCUCCUCGCGGCUCUGCGUCUGGCUCUAGCAGCUCCUCUUCGGAUUCUCCCACAUAUUGGCAAGCCCGUUCCUCUCGACCACGAACCGAAGCUUCCACCGCUUCACCUCCCACCUAUAAUAAUUCUCAGCCUAAUUGGAGCAGCGGCAUCAACGGCUUCUCAAUAUCUGCCAACGAGCACAUGUUUGAGGAUGCUUCUAUGGCAGGUAUGGAUCAAGACUACGAGGCCAGCAACCAGCAGAUGGCCUCGGACUUUGAUUUCGAAACUGCAGCUAGUACCCCGAGUGGUUUUGAUGCACUGGGUGGCAUCAAUCCCAAAGUUGCCAACAUGUCGCAGCCAUUUCAACGCCAGGCUAAUCACGCCGCCUUUGGGAAGCAACCCUCGAAUGCCCGCUUUCCAGCCACGGGUCAACCUCAAUUCUUCUUCGCCAACUCUCGAGAAGUGUCCCCUUUAAAUGCCAUGCUCCCUUCGACGCAGGGACAAUCACCGUGGUCGAAACAAUCCCCAGCUUCCGGUCUCGAGGAGACUUUUAAUCAUAUCACUAUGAACGGCGAUUCUCCUGGGAACGCCACUUUCUCUCCCAAUGUUCAAUUUCCAAACCCAGGCUUCACCUUCGAUCCGGACUCCAGUGCCACUCCUUCCACAUUCACCAAGGAGAUCUCUUCGCCUCCAUCAACCGUCAACUCAACAGAAGGUGCAUUCUCUUUGACCGUCCAUCCAACCUCUCUCAAGUCUCGAGUCGAAACUCAAAUCCCCAUCAAGCUGACUUUACACCCUCUCCCAUCGGGAGUCAAGAAGUUGAGACUUCCCAGGCACACUGUUUCGAAACCAAAGUUUCUGGCAAAGCCAGAGGCGGAGCGCUCGCCGGAAAUAUAUGAACUCCACACAUCUUUAGUCUGCACCAGCGCCAUGCAGGACCCUGUCAAAAUGCAACGAGCGUGGGCUCGGGCAAGAGGCGAGGACAUGAGUUCAUAUGCUCGCCCAAGCCCUAGCUCAUCAAGUGACUCGCAGAACUCUCGCGAUGACGAAGAUAAACCUUUGGAGGGCGGCGAGGUCCGGAUCUGUACCGGCUGCAUUCAAAGAGAACGCAAAAGAGCCUCGAGAAAGAAACAGAAGAAGCCGGAGGAAGAGGAAAUGUUCCAGAAGGACGAGGAAAGGAGGGUCGUCGUUUUCAACACAAACGAGAUUAAAGAAUGGGUCGAAGUCCCGCGCGACCCCCAGUCAACCUCCGCGGCUGAAUCCAGCCCUGCUCCUGGCUCGAUGCAGGUUGAGUUGCCCAUGCGCAUUGCCUGCUAUUGCCGUCAUCAGAAUGAGAAAAUGGGCUUCCAGGUCAUAUUCACCAUCAAAGAUUGCCGAGACAAGACCAUCGCACAGGCAAUGACGAAUCCAAUCAUGAUCACCGACGAUCACAAGACUCAUAAUGCUCCCACCGCUCUCGCCAAUCCUUCGCCCGCUCUCCCUUCUCAAGGCCCUCAACUACCUGGCGCUGGCGUCUUCUCCACCGCCGGCUCAGAGCAACCCGUUAUGAACUCCGGCAACCCGAAGCUGUCAAAGCAAUCUUUCUCCACCACUGACCUGCAUGGGCUGCAGUACAACUUCAACCCAAAUUUCCCCAUGGCACCCUCGAGUAACCCCUUUGCAAUCCCCUCUGCUGUAUCCAAUCAAACAUCUGCAACCUUGACACCACGCAACCUUUCUCGACCAGCUUCCCCCAACGGCCCCUCUGGACCAACUUCCAAACGGAGGAAACAGAGCGGCUCAGGGAAGCUGCCCUCGGGCCUUACAAUGACACGCUUGGACACCUCUCAGGCCCCCUCGGGCCCGGCAACCAUGCCCAACACCGCUGCGACGUCCCCCUACGCACCAAACAUGACGGCUUACAUUGGUCCUCAGGACCGUGCAUUUGCCAUGCCUCCGUCAAGGCCAGCACCAUAUGGCACCAGCCCUCCCACGCCUAAUGGACUGGACACCUUUCCGUCCAACAUAAAUCGCUCCUUCAGUUUGGAAAAUCUUCCUCGGCAGGCUCUCAUAUCUGCGCCGCCAUCCCGCCAACCUAGUCGCCCUGGCAGUCCGGGCUCUGCUCGAAAUAGUUUUGGCGCAUCGGACGCACCAGUUGGGCAGGCCUUGGCGACCUCCGUGCUGGGACAGCCAUCCCGCCGACCCCCGCCAUUAAUUCACAAGCUUGUACCUGCCGAGGGAUCAAUCACCGGCGGGACCGAAGUUACAAUCCUUGGAAAUGGAUUCUACCAAGGCCUCGAGGUCAUGUUCGGCGAUACAGAAGCGACAACGACUACUUACUGGGGAGAGAAAUGCCUUAACUGCAUUGCUCCGCCGGCUCUCCAGGCCGGUGUUGUCCCGGUCACCUUCAAGCAGGACAGGACCAACCACAACUUGCAGCAACAAAACCAUUCGCGGCUGUCACUGUUCACAUAUGUGGACAACCGUGAACUCGAGAUGUAUCGCUUGGCACUCAGUAUCUAUGGCAAACAGAUGCCCAGACCUACAGACAGUGCCUGGGACGCUGCAAACCAGAUCGUCCAACAGAACCAAAGCCAUUCAAUGUGGACUUCUCAUGGGGGAUAUGGUAUGGGCGGUGGACAUCAACGAAAUGCUGGUCUGACACAGCUCGGCCCAAUCGAUACUUUGGAGCUGGAAUCGUCUAUGGUCCAACUCUUGGAACGCAUGGACGAAACUAAGAGAUCAGUGACUCCCAGGUUUGACCUUCGACGUUCCACCGGUCUGACCUUGUUACAUCUCGCAGCGUCGUUGGGACUUACUCGAUUUGUGGCAGGUCUCUUGGUAAGAGGCGCCGAUCCAAACAUGGUGGACAAUAAUGGGCACACAGCCAUGCACCACGCAGCCAUGAACGGGCAUACACACGUGAUACACCGCCUCAGACUUGCAGGUGGCAGCCAUAAAGCACGAAGCAUACGACACUUUACGCCUGCGGAUCUGGCGACUUCGCUACUGGCAUAUCAAGCAGCCACCAACACGGCCGACCACUAUCGAUCUCGCAGUCUUGGCGGCACUCCGAUGCGGCUGCAUAGCCGAAGCUCUUCGUCACUGCGCUCAUUUUGGGAAAACUCAUCAAAUGUGCAGACCUCGACAGACAUCGACAGCUCAGAGGAGUCGGAUGACGCUGAAGACGAAGAUACCGUCCCUCUGACUCUCUCCACGAGCAAAUUUGAGACUCCCAUGUCCAGAAGUCAACUCAACUUGCAUCGCGUUGGUCGCAGCGGACCUUCAUCGCGCCGAAACAGUAGUCAUCAUCCCACCGAUGUGAACAAGCCUUUCCAGCAAGAAACCCGUGACCCCGCUACUCCUCCCCUGGCCCCUACAGCGUUCAUGCUGGCGUGGCGUGAUCAAUUGUUGGCACAGCUCCAUCAAUUCAACGAAAGCGCACAGUCUGUCAUGCCAAACCUGAACAAUCUAAAUGUGCCUUUGGCGGCACUGCAGGACUAUCAGGCCAAUCCUAUGGUACGCCGUGUUAGCGCAUUGUGGCCGCAACGACCGAACUCUAGACAGCAGAAUAAUGCACGUGAGGGCUGGUGGGAAACGCUGACGGGAUCGUCAUCGCCGCCUCCGUCAUCACCACCGGCUUACCGCGAUCUUUAUCCCGACGAGAAAGCAAACCAGGGAGCCUGGAACGUCAAGCAGCGAUCCGAGGUUCAGGCUGCGGCCGACGCUGCGGCGGAUCUGCAUUUUGACAAUGAGAGACACAUUGCGGGUAGCUCAUCCCACGUUAAAGCAGCGUCUGCGUUGGACAACCCGAUUGAGAGGAUUGAAUUAAGCCGCGAUAGGAAGUUGUUCUUUUUCUGGAUUCCUCUCCUUGCAAUUCUGUUAGCCCUUAUGAUACGAGGGUCUGGAUUGUCCAACCUUUUUGGACCGUCGUUAGAUGUGCUUGAAACGCCGGUCGAUCGACAGAUAGUGGAAGUGAUGUAAUGGAUGGCGGCGGAGAAUACGCAGGGGGAGUGGCAUACUAUGUUGCUGUAAUAGUUGGAACUAGGACGUGAUGAGGAUGAUCCCAACUCGUUUGAGAGAGGUCUACUUAUGACUGAGAGGGUGUAAUUUUGAUUCAUAGAUAUUCGCCCAAGUUGAUGCUUUGAUGGUUCUAACCAUCUGGGGAUGAGAGAUAGUUGACUACUGUGUGACGAGAUAUGAUUUGAUCUUCGUGGACCAAUUGAUGGACCAAAGCCCACAAUGAUACUGGGAACGAGGACUCUGACGACUCUUCAGCUGGUUAGACUGGGGUCCACUACAAAUUGAGGGACCUGCGUAAAUGGUUCAUGUGCAUACGCCUUAUCUCCUGAGCCCAAAUUGCCCUACAGUGAAGAUGUGCAGAAGUUGUACGGGAGUCUCUUAUGCAAAGGGCCAAUAUUGGCUUCAAAUGAUUGGCUCGGGCUCAGCCUUGGCACGAGGCUCCCAGUUGGCACAACAAUUUGGCAAGGAAUAAGCGAAGGAAGGAGGUGCCCGUCGUACCUACUUUAUUU